AUGAUGGAGUCAGCACUUACGCAUGUAACUCAGGAUACAAACAGGUUGCUGGGAACACACAGAGAACAUGUUACGGAAAGUUCUGUUUCGACCUGCAAGAUUGACAUUCUGUUCAUUAUAGAGGCUUCCUCAUACACCUCUUCUAUUUAUUCUGAAUUAGUAUCGGUUAUUGGUGAUUUGGUGAGGACUAUGCAAAUUUCAACCAGUAAUAUACAAGUUGGGGUUAUAUCCUAUGAUAAUGCUAUCGACCAAAAUUUCAAGUUUAACGUUUAUACUACAGCGUCGUCGUUGGACACCGCUAUUACGGCAUUAACAAUACCAAGCGCCUCUACAACGACUAACCUGGCCGAGGCAUUACGUGUUGCAUUUUACGAUUUUGUUAAAUUGUCAAAUGGAAACAGAUUUCAAGCAUAUAAAUAUUUUGUUAUUGUUGGUAAAUCAAGCCCUACAUAUCCCGGUGCAGAUAUCGGAAUGAUUAUACGACAGGUGGCAAAAAAUCGGGUGUUCGGAAUCGGUAUUUCCCCAACCACGACUUUAGCAAAUGAUCUUAAGUCCGCCGCUGGAAGUACUGCUAAUUAUGUUCAGGCAACCUCCCCAGCAGACCUAGCUACAAAAUUCAACACCGUUCUUACAAAAAUCGCUGUCUGUACAACGUCUGCUUUUCCAGGUCCUACGUCAGUAGCUUGCAAACUUGACAUAGUUUUCAUCGUUGAAAAUUUUAAUCUUCGCUUCAUAAAAAGAUUUGUGGCUGAGUUAGUCGAGGAUCUACCGAUUUCUUCCACUAGCGUCAGGGUAGGUUUUGUGGUAUUUGAUAACGGAGCAAGAACCGAGUUUGGACUUACUGCUCAUACCAGUUCCGAGGCCGUCAAAAGGGCAGUUGAAGGAAUUUCAGAAACUUCUAGCAGCUAUCAUUAUGUAGAUAAGGGAUUAAUUCAUGCUCGUGACAACGUCUUCACGGUUGCUGGUGGAGAUCGCGCGGAUGCUGUUAACUAUUACGUCUUUAUCGUGGGGCCAUAUUACAGUGAUCCAAUCACAACAGCCAGGAUCAUUAGAAGUAGUGGGGACAAUAUCAUAUUUGGCGUUCAUAUUGGGACAAGUUACGCGACGACUUACAAGGAGACUAUUGGUUCCUGUGGGGAUUACUCUAAAUAUACAAAUAUAAAUUUUUAUAACAACUUAAUAAACAUUAAAAAUACAGUGAAAGGACAACUUACCACCUGUUUUCAGCCUCCAGUAUACACACAAG